ACAUUUUUUUUCCUGCUCUAUUUCUUUAUUUAGCAUCUCCAUCAUCCUUGUCACCAGUGAACCAUCGCUUAAAGUUGGUUCAAAGAAAGAGAAAGAAAGAAGGAAAAACUCAAAAUUCAGAUUUGUUUAUUUGGCUUUUCUUGUUCUUUUUUUUAUUUCCUUAAAAGUAAGGGGAAAAAGUCUAAAUUGAAGAGACGUGUCAUCGGUAGAGAUGAGUCCUUUGGGGGAUGUGGUCUCGUUAGAGGCUUACGUUUGUGGUUCCUAUUGAAGCUGUGUAGCAUUGAAAGGGGAGAUCAGUGUUUGAUCAAGUGCGUGUUGGACUCGCCUUUUUCCUUUCACAAAAUACAUUUCACCGUCUGUGCUGAACGGAGACUAACUUUCUUUGGGGGUGGGUUUACAAGUGAAGACUUUUUUUCAAACACAAGCCUUAAACAAUUACACUGCACCAGCAAAGCCUCUGGCAGCUGAAAACAGUUAUUAGUUAGCGUAAAACACACAAUACAAAGAUGAACAGUGUGGCAGAUUGGCUCGUGCUGAACAGGGACAAGAUCGAGAAAGGCGUGGAGAUCAUGGGGCAAGCCUCGGAGGUGCUCGCCGCCACCGUGGGCCAGCUCCACCCCGUCCUGGAAGCCGUGUUUGUGGCUUCGGCCGAGAUACUCAGCAACCCGGACAGCAAGGAGGCUCGUUACCUGACUGAGCAGUUCGAGCUGGUCAACCAGAAACUCGAGGGAAUCCAAGGUGAGAUCGAUCAGAUUGCGCUGGAGCUGCAGAGGACGUCAAUCAACAAGCAGAACUUUGAUCGGGAGGCGCAGAUGCUCAGCCAGUACGAAAAGUUCCAGGACUUUGUCAACGCCAAGCCGAAGUUCAAAGAGAAGAAAAUGGAGAAGUUCAUCAGCCACUACGAAAGCACUGACGCCGACCUGAACCUGGACGCCCUCUACAACGCUGUCGUUGGGGAGAGCGCCGCCGGGGACCCACUGCUCGAAACAGUGGUGACCACGGAGCAGAGGAGCAGGAGGGCGGUGGAGGAUUUCUGCGCCCGGCUGAAGAAGCUUUUUGUGGUGGGCAUCAUCGCCGUGAUGGGCCACUCCGCCCUGAAGGAAGGGGUGGUGGGGGAGGAGAUGGUGAAGAAGUGGCAGGGACGGAUGGAGGAUGUGGAGAAUCGAAUGAAAGCGGCUGUGGAUGACUGUACAGAUAACUUUGCAGAUCAAGCCAAGCUGGACAUGGAGCACCUCCUGCAGGAGAAUCCCGGCGCCGUCAACCUCGACUUUGCCAAAUCCCUCCUGGAGUCUCUCGUUAAGAAAUACGACUGGGUGAAGUGGUCCAUCAGGGCCUUUGCCGUCAAGGAAAGCAUCUUCUUUUUCAACUGGCUGGCAGGAAAGAAGUGCCACGGAAGUGGAGGAGCCAACUGGUUUGAGAUUCUGACCAACGGCAAGGUCAAAGUGGUGGUCUCUUUUUGUGUUGACCCCAAGCCCAUUAACAAGAGUGAGAUCCAAGAGAAGAUCGAAGGUCAGAAGAUGAAGGGGAACAUGGUUGAUGUGGCUCAGGCUUUGAACAGGAGCUUCCCCGACUGCCUGGUCCACGCUGUCAGCCAUUACAAGGAAGUGGUGGAGUCCAACAACUUCCAUGAGGAUAGUUACUACUUUGGAAAACACAAAAGAGCAUACCUGUGUAUCCACCCCGAGUAGAAAACCUAAAGUGCAGCCGCACGCGGGAACAAAAUUAGCAAAAUUCAUGAAUUGUUUUUACCAGAGACACAUUAAAUAUAGAAAGUGAAUUCAUCAAUCUAGUCUCUGUCUAUGCAUAAUCUGCUCCGUCUGGUUUGUGAUUCAUUGUUUGGCAUGUAAUUGCUUUUAAUUAUUUUAUGUAUAUCUUUUAUAUGUCGAUGAUGCAGCAGCUUCAGGGUGUUUUCUUCUUUUCAGAGCUGUAUAUCUUCAUGCCAGCUUAGUGUUGUGACUCUCGUGGUGUUUCUGUCCCUGUUGGAUAUUAAGAGAGUUGGUUUACACAAUGUUAUAGUAUGGUAACUGUCAAGGACAAAUAGUUUAUAUCUUCCUGGUAUAUAGGACCGUUGUGGGCGAAGCGGUAAUUCCUUGAGCAGUGCUACUUUAUGCACUGAUGAGAUGCAGUACCCAUAUUUUGGGUUUUUAAGCUUCCCAGUUUAUUAUUAACAUUUGAAAGCUGUGGAACAAGGAAGUAAUCGUACCUCGAGCUGGGAUCGUUUGAUAAAACCGCUGUUUAUGAUGUCUAAAACAAACUAGCUCUGUCUAACAUGUUAGCAACUUAGCAUGGAGACUUGAGACUGGAAGUUUUCAAAUGUUAUUUUGCAAGUUAUGUGCCAAAAUAUUUUCUGGCCCUUGAGUUGAGAUUGUUUUUUCCUUUUACAUACGUUUCAGAGAAUAUUUACCACCUACAUAUAGAACAUCAAAAAAAAGGAAAAAUGUGGAAUAUAUAACACAUGUGUUUAAAACAAAAUCAAUUCUAAUAUUCUUGCUGCUUUUGGUGCAAUAUGUUGCUGCAGGGCGAACGGCCCAAAUCCUCAUUCCACAAUCAACUUUGUCGAGAUACUUAUGUAUUUACUUUAAUUUGUAAUAAACACAAAAAACAUGAA